AUGCUUUCCACCACCGUGUCUGAAGCGCCGGUCGUCUACGCUGCCAACGAAUAUCUCACUUUCGAAUCCCCAGCGAAUAUGACUUGCGGGGAGUAUAUGGGAACGUCUAUGUCAAGAACAGGAACUGGCUAUUUACUGGACCCAGAGGCCGUCGACAGUUGUAAAUUUUGCACGUACCAUACCGCAGACUUUUUUCUGAAGACUGUGAACGCUCCUUUCAGCGAGGCAUGGAGAAACUUUGGCCUUAUGUUGGUGUAUAUCGUCUUCAACGUUUUCGGUGCUCUUUUCCUCUAUUGGCUACUCCGAGUACCAAAGAACAAGAAGAAAGAAGAAUAA